AUGGCGGACAACGAGAAAGUGUCGCCAACAACCUCCGAGCCGGAGAUCGAGACCGCGCCUGGCAAUACCAACCUGGCAAAGAGGAUCACCACCAAGGACGAGCUACAUGAGUACCGGGAGAAGGAAGGCUACGUCCUCGAUGCCGAGAACUCUGAUGGUAGUCCUUCGGAGGCGGGCGUGAAGCUCGCCGCUGACGGUCACACGCGCCUCAUUCCGCAGCCGAGCGAUGACCCCAAGGACCCUCUUAACUGGAGCUGGAGGAAGAAGCACAUAAUUCUUUUCAUCAUCGCUGCUGCUGCCUUCUUGCCCGACUAUGGUAGUGCUACGGGCGCAGUUACACUGAUUCCACAGGCUGCAGAAUGGAACAUGACACCAGAUGAGGUGAACCACUCGCAAGCAGGAAAUGUCUUCAUGUUGGGCGCAGGUGGCAUAUUCGCUGUCGUGCUCUCUGCGUACUUUGGACGUCUCCCAGUGGCAUUCUAUUUCCUCGUCGUAGCCUUUGCUACCGCUGCAUGGUGCGCAGGCGCCGACACCUUCGAGUCCUUCAUGGGCGCACGUAUCCUCAAUGGCUUCUUCUCGACCGUUACACAGGGCGGCGGGAUGAUGUUUAUCCAGGACAUGUUCUUCUUCCACGAACGCGCGCGCAAGAUCAACAUCUGGGCAUCUUUCUUCGUCAUGAGCCCCUACAUGGGCCCGCUCCUCGCGGCCUUCAUGACGGCCUUCAAGCCGUGGCCGACCCCCUUCUGGGUGUACACGGCUGAGACGGGCGCCGUACUGCUCCUCACCAUGUUUUUUGUCGACGAGACGUACUACGACCGACGUAUCCCGGCGGCAGAGCAGCCAUCCCUGGGCAGUCGGGUCUCCCGUGUGCUCGGUAUCUCGCAGUUCCGCUCCCGCCAUAUGCGCAACUCCUUCCCGCAGGCUUGCAUGCGGGUUGUCAAGGUCAUUGUCAAGCCCACGGUCCUGCUGACGGCGGCCUACUAUAUGCUCACGUUCGCUUGGGUCGUCGGGAUCAACACCACGCUGUCGAUCUUCCUCACGCCGCUCUACAAUUUUGGCCCGCUGCAGAUCGGAUACUUCUACUUCACGCCCGUCGUCGCGGUGCUGCUGGGCGAGAUCUCGGGCCACUGGCUGCACGACUUCCUGGCCAAGAGUUACAUCAAGUCCCACAAGGGCCACUUCGAGCCCGAGGUGCGCCUGCGCGCCAUCUUCUUCUCGCUCCCGCUCAUGAUCGUCGGCCUCGUGCUCGUCGGCCAGGCGCUCGAGAACGCGUGGCACUUCAUGGCGCUGUCCGUCUCGUGGGGGCUGUAUGUGUAUGGCAUCAUGAUCACCACCGUCGCUGUCAGCAGUUACUGCCUCGACAGCUACCCCGAGGCCAGCGGCGAGGUCAGCGCGCACCUCAACUUUGCGCGCACGCUGGGCGGCUUCGUCAUCUCGUACUUCCAGGUGCAGUGGGCCGAGAAGCAGGGCACCAAGGUCAGCUUCGGUAUUCAGGCUGCGGUCGUCGCGGCGGCGUUUGGCAUUAUCCUUGUGCUGAUCGUGUUCGGCAAGAGGAUGAGGAUCUGGGCUGGGCCACUCCGUUUUGCAACUGCGUAG